AUGGCAGAUAGAUCUUUUUUCUCAGAAGUUAAUGAAUUUAGUUCCAGUGAUGACACCAUAUCUGAAUGCUCAGAUUUAUUUGAAAAUGAUAUUUAUCCAUUAAAAGGAGAUGAUUUUGAUAAAUUAAAAGACCAACUUAGUAAAACAAGGAAUUGGAAUAAAGAAUUAUAA